AACUUUUAUUUUCAUGGUAAUGUUUAUUGUAAACGCAACACUGAGCUGACUCUACAAUGGCUACAGCUUUAUCUGAUGAAACUCCACAGAGUAUCACUAUCAGAGAGUGCUAUAAUAUGCUAAUUGACCAGUUGAAGUCAUCCGUUGUCAGUCUUGGAGAUGCACUUUUUGCAAAGGGACUUAUUCCACCAGACAGUUAUUCUAAAGUGCUAUUGAGUUCUGUAGUACCUGCAGACAAAGCAAGAGAAGUGUUUUUAUACUUGAUUGAAAGAUUCAAGCAUGAUCCGAACGCAUAUAAUGGUUUUAUUGAAAUCCUGGCUCAAAAUGGUCAAUGGACGGACCCAGUAGUAAAAAAGUUAAAUGCUACAUUGGCAUGCAAGCAAUCCCACUUCCAUGACACCCAAUCUACUCUACCAACUGCGUCUUUCCCAGUUGAAAGUGCUCGUACAUCUCUUGUGCAGCCAUUGCACAGGGGUACGCAGGAUGACAUCACGGCAUCUUGCACCAAAAGAAACUCGCUGGAGGCUCAACAGAUUGAGUAUGAUAAGCAAUUCAUCCAAAGGAAGGAGAAACUCACAUCAGUAUCUAUAUCUCCCAGUACUAGUGCUAGUAGAAGCUACAACCUAGAGAAGGAGUGGGAGGAAGUGAAUUGUGAGAGACUAGGUGACAUUCUAACACAGGCCAAGCAAAUGGUGAAAGAAGCCAACUCGCUAUUGGAGACCUUCGAUGAAGAAAUUGUGUUCAGAGUUGUCCUUGCUGUCCCUCGCUCUCUACUUAGCUCCCAGCAAACACCUGAUGUCAACACGAGCGAUGAGGUUUUGGUUAGGGUCCUGCACAGACAGAAGGGGAGUGAGUCGGUGUGGAGUGUGAACACACUGCAAGAAAAGCUUGUCAUAUUGAGAGAUAUGGCUAAGAGGAAGGAGGGAGGCGCUCAGCUAGAUGUUAAGCUACCCUUCGAUGACUCAGAACAACCUACUCUCCUGGGACUUGCAAAUUUCUGUCUAGUGGGUCUCAAACACAAUGUUCCCCAUGAGUACAGUGCUCCCAUUGUGACUGCCACUGGAGAAGAAGGUGGACACUUGAAGGUGAUCAUUGUGAGAUGCUCCCGGGAGUGUACUCAUGGUGAAGACUCAGGCCUGUGUCCUGGAGAUAGCAUCACCUGCCAGAUCAAUGUGUUGGAGGCUACUGGCAUGUCCAAGGACUAUCGCCACUGUGUGUUCUGUCAGUACCAGUUUCAGGGAGAGAAUGUUAAGAUACAAUCUAAUCUGGAGAACAACUCACUGACAAGUAGAUUUCAGACAUUUCAGCAUAGCCAGGAGUUCAGGGUUACUGUUGAUGAAGAUUUUCUUGACAUUGUCAACAAUGGAGCACUGUCUAUCGAGGUGUGGGGACAACGAGAGAACACUGAGGACGUCUCCAAGGGGCUAGUGCAGUGUGUGGCAGAGGGCGCUACAAAUAAGGGAAACAGUCAGCAUUCUGUUGCUGAUGAAGUUAGAGAGCUGGCUAAGAGGCUAGAAGUUUGGGUGGAGAUACAAGAGCUCAAUGAACAAGGAGAAUAUGUGCCCGUGGCGAUGCGAAGCAAACCAGAGGUCAUAACAGGAGGUGUAUUCAAGAUACGACAGGGCCACUCUCAGAAGAUCAACGUGACUGUCCAUACAGUAUCAGAGUCUGGUAACGGUCUUCUUUUGACUAACAACAUCUCAUCAGUCUCUAUCGGAAGUAUUGACCUUUGCAGCAGUAACGAUCGACCGCUCGACUCUUUUCAGUCAUAUGACCUGGAGAGAUUAUGUGAUAGGUGGGGCAAUGAUCUGCAGAGGUGUCAGGAACACCUAGAAGCUGAGUAUCGGAAGCUUGAUAAUGAUCAGUGCAAACAGAAACAAUUGUUUGCACAUAGGUACAUGGUUGUAUCACAGAGGGAUGACGUCUUGCAACUCAAAAAGGUCACAAGUGAACUGCCUGGGGCACCUACGGACUGGAAAGAAAAGUCUGGGUUCGAGUGUAAAGUGCCCAUUCUGUUUCUUGAUGAUCCUUCGGUAUCCGAUGAUUCUAUGGAAACAAUGUUUCUUUGUGGAGAGAGAGAGGAGAGUAUGCUGGAUCUGAAGAUUGUCGAAAGACACGAGUACACGGAACGACUGCAUGCUACAACCUUGUGGGAUGUGGCUGCUCACAAUACCGAUGACCUCAACAAAGUGACUCAGGAUGGGUACAGGGUAUACGCUAUCCUCAAAGUAGGCGUGGCCCUCUACCAUCCCACAAAUGUUGUACUGGAGCUGCGAAAAAGAAUCUGUAUGAAAGUGUACAACAGGAAGAGUGCUUUAAGUGCUUUCACGAGAAGUGCCAACGAUAAUCGACCUGGAUGCGGUGUGAUGUAUGAUGUUGUACUGGGUGUGCCCAAGACACGGGGCAUGCAACCGCCACCAAUUAUACCACCCAACCCCUCUCUAAUGGAGCUACAUGACGAUGAGGACCCUGUGGAGAGGUUGAAGACAGCGUUGACCUCCGUUGGUGAAGUUCUCUCUCUGGACAAGCUCAAACAGGAAGUGUCUUUGAAGGAGAAACUGAGUGAGGCUGGACAGAGAAAGAGGUUAUAUUCAGUAGGAGCUCUCUCUCAGAAGAAUUACUCUUCUAUAAAUGUUGCUCCCUUGGACAAAAGAUUCGUUUUUGAGCUGUCCAAGCGAAGUCAAAGCUUACGUGGAACACGGUACAAAGCAAGUAAAAGACAUUCGUUCAAACUCUAAAAAUUAUUUUAUACCAUGUCAUUUCCCUUGUGUAUAGAGUAGAGUCCGUUAUAUACCAAUGUCCAUUCCAAUGUAGUCUUAUAAUAUGCCGCACUCACCAAUAAUCAGUUUACUGUUCUCUUUGAUACGAAACUACAUAUAAACGUCAAAGAACAAUUUUAAAAUC